AUGGGCGAAGCAAGUGUGAUAUUACCACCACCAAUGACACCUAGUACAUCUCCACCUUCUCUUCCUGUUAUGUCACCACCCUGGACGUCUAGUACUAGUCGAAGUGGUCGUAAAUUACGUCAAAAAGUAGUAGAUGAGAUUAAAAAUGUACGAGUACGCAAGAGUCCAGUUCAUAAGGAAAAACUCGUGACUCGUACCGUACCUCCUUUACCUCCACUUGAGCUGAAUGAAGAAGUAGAUGAGGAUGAAGAUGAUGUUGUGCAGCAAGAUCGUCAAGCUUUAGUUAAUAAAGCAAAAGGAUGUAGUCUAUGUGAACGUUCCUUUACAGUCUUUCGAGCUAAACAUACGUGUCGAAUGUGUGCACAAAAGAUCUGCGAUGACUGUAGUAAGAACAGGAUGAAACUUCAUCGACGACUUGAAAGAAAGAAAGGAUCGAGACUAUGUGAUCCUUGCGCAAAGAAUUAUUUGCAUACGGAGAAUGGUAGCGGAGAAGACAUGGUGGAACCUUUUCCAGACUCAUCUCCACCGUUGACAGCGAUUCGCAGUGAAGAUGCAUUGAUACAGAAACAGGAAGACACUGCCAAUGGAUCGUCACGUCGCCACUCAGUGCCGACGAAGCAGAAAACGUCAUUGCUUUACAGCCAAAAUACAGCGCCUAAGUCGAGUCCUAAGGAUGCGCCUGCUGCAUCAAAGCAGGUUGCAACGAGAAUUGAACGGGAAAACGUCAGACGGGUUGUGUACUUGUCGCAUUUGCGUGCGCGCCACUGGGUUUCGCUGCUAGUGUUUGCAGUGCUUGUGAUCCUACGUGUGAUUUACUUCAAUCGAUGGACUGGCACUGAAGAAAAUGUUUUGGUUCCUGCUACUGCUGCAUCAAGUUUAAGUGAGCCGCCGUAUUCUUUCAUGGAAGGUGCACUUGACAACUUGCUCUCGAUGCGGACGCUGGGCACGUACUUGCUCGGCUUGGUGCUAUUUGACGAAUUGCUAGCCGCAAAAGAAAACAAAGCUGUGAACAAGUCGCUCAAGCAACGUCGUCGCCGACGACGUCGAGUGAGUACGAGCAGUGGUCGUCAGGAGCAAACGGAAUCGCCAAUGGUGAAUACUAGCGUCGCUAGGGAGCUGUGUACUGCUGACUCGCCAGCACCUUCGUCACCUCAUACGUCUCAGGAUGAUGAUUUGGAGGUAGCUGUGAAUGAACGAAACAAUGACGACGAAGGCUUUACGGUGGACAAGCUUGUGGUGGCUCUUGAAGAAGGGGCAAAGAAUCGUGCUCCUGGUGGUGACCUGAGUCUUGGAUGCUUCAUGAACACGUGCACUGUCAUCUGUGGCUUUUUGGGCGUAUUUGGCCGUGCUACUUCAUUUGCAGGGAGUACCGUUGGAGCCUACUUUACCUCGAUUGAUCAAAAUACUGAUACUUGGUCUGAGCCAUCUUCGUCACAGUCUUGGAAGGAGCAGAGUGUGAAAGCAGUAAUUGAACACGAAGUAAGCCUUGGAGUAGCCGAUGUGGGUGGCAAGAAGAAGCCAUCGUGCUCGCGCUGUUUGCUGCGGCUACUGUGGUUCAUUCAGUUUGUGGAGGCUUGCGUGCGUCUGACACUGCUUGAUUCAACCGAAGACAAUUGCUUCAAUGGUGCCAGUAAGGCUUACGAAGAGACUUUAGGCAAGCGUCAUCCCUGGCUUGUCCGCAAAGGUGUUAACACUGCAUUGGGAUCUAUUCCUUCACGUAGCCACAUUCUUGAAGGGCUUCACGUGGGAGAAGGUGAAGGUUUAGAACCGUUACGAAAGGCUCACGUGGAACUUGUACGGGUCAUUGCUGAGCUGAAAGCCAUUUUUGAAAAGCAUGGACUGACAGAUUUGAAAUAA